AGUAAUAAUGUCCUAAAUGCUUUUUCUUCUUCUCUCUCCCUCCCGACAGAAACACAAAAGCAGUUUCUCUCCUUCUCGCAGCGAAUCUCUCAAAGAACCACAUGGCCAACUUCGAUGGACCAGGAUUCUCAAUGGUUGACGAAUCUUGGAUCCAGACCAAAGCCAUCGACAUAGAACCCUCAACCGACUUCUCUCCUUACCUCUCCCGCAUCCUAGAAGACUGCGUCUGGAACGGGAACAGAGCCAUCGUCUUCGACGUCUACUGGGACGUCGAAUCCGUGAACACAAAGUCCGAGCGGCGUCUCUCCUCGGUGAAGCUAAGCACCAAGAACCUCUGUCUCUUCCUCCGUCUACCAAACCAGUUCAGCGACAACCUCAAGGACCUCUACCGCUUCUUUGCUUCCAAGUUCGUCACGUUCGUCGGCGUCCAGAUCGAAGAAGAUCUUGUUCUGCUUAAAGAGAAUCACGGGAUUGUGAUCAGAAGCUAUUUGGAGAUUGGGAAGUUGGCUGCUGUGGCUAGAGGAACUCCUAUUGUGGAGUUUCUUGGAGCUAGAGAGUUGGCUCAUAAGAUACUUUCUUGUGAUACGAGUAGACUUGAUUCGAUUCAGUCUAAGUGGGAUGAAGCUGGGGGUGAUGAUCGUCUCGAAGCUGCAGCUAUUGAAGGUUGGCUUAUUUACAAUGUAUAUGAUCAGUUGCAGCAGUGAGGGGAUGUUGUGAUAUGUCAAACCUAACAUUUAAUUUCUUGAUCAAAUUGAUUUGUGAGGUUGUAGAAUUUUGAUCUGUUUGUUGUUGCUAUGAGUGAACAAGAUCAUAUAUCUGAAUAAAAGAAAGUUAAAACUA